AUGGCAUCGAAGCGCAACUACGCAGGAUCAGACGGCGGCGACUCUGUCGAGCCAGCUCCUAAACGCAGCAAGAAGCCCAACCCCAAGACGCGAGAUCACCAAAACGCCCACAUCGACCCAACAUGGGGUCAGAAAUACGUCUUCUCGACGUCGGAGAGCGCGACAACGGUCCCCGUUGACCCUGACCUCGAUUUUGAGGACGACGGAGAUGCAAUGGCGUAUCUUCAGUCAGUAAGGUGCCAAGCGAACGGGAUACCGCACCUUCUGGUCGCUCCAAAGAUCCCCAUUGGGCCGCAACUGCCGAAGGAACUCCAGAGUAUCAGGGAAGACGAAGACGAUGAAGCGGAAGAAGGCGAGGAUGUAGAGGAGGACCGCGACAUCUAUUCUUCAGGCCAGGGUGAUUUUCGGGGAUACUACCACGACGGCGCAUAUACCGCGCGACCAGACAACUGGGACGAUAGACGAGAAAAUGGUGCGCACGAUGAUGGCGAAUGGGGGGAAGGUGAAGACUACGAAGAGGGCGACUCCGAAGCUGCACUGCAUGGAGCUUACUUCGCCUCCAUUCUCUCCCGUUUCCACAGCCUCCGUGCGAUUCUCCAUACUCAACCUCCAGCCUCUGUCGUUGCUGCUCUGCCGCGGACGCACGACCACCAUGUCGGCGCUUUCGGUCCCAAAUCCUCCACCUUCUCUGUAUGGUCCCAGCGCCUGCGCUCUUCUGACCCAAUGCCGGCCCAGGUUGCGUCCAUGGACAAGGACGGCGUGUUGCGCGUAAUCAGAGUGUUACUAGGCGGCAAGUUCCUUAGGAGAGGAUAUGAACUGCGCGAGCGGACGAGCCGUUGGCUCUGGGCUCUGCUGGCGCGCUUGCCAGAACGAGGAGAGCUGAACCAUGCCGAGAUUGGAUGGGUCAGGGACCUGGGGCGGAGGGCAGUGCUGAUGAUGCAGAGCCUCGCAGAUAUGGCGGCAUUGCGGGAUGCGCUGGAGGAGGAAGGGAUGGAUCUGGGAGUUCACGAUGCUGUGGACGAGAGCUCCGACGACGAGGAUGUGUUGAGGGAGAUGGAAGUCGAGGAGAGGGAUGGCGAGGAGGGAAACACGCCGGAAAAGGCUGAUGCCAAGCAGACAACGGAGAACACUUCAGAGGCACACGCUUCAAAAGCACAGCAGCCGGUUAAGAAUCAAGCUGACGAGGACGAAGUCGACGACGGAGAGGUCGAUGACGAUCAAAAGGCUGAGCCGAUGGAUGUCUCUGAGGACGGCGAAGUAGACGAGGGCGAAGUCUCGGAGCAACAUGCGCCGGCCGAAACGCUGGAAGAGGCACGAGCUCGUCUUCUCGCCCGGCUCGAUACGACAGCGGCAGAAGUGCCGACCGAGACGGCCGAGGUCGAUGACGACGAGGACAUGUCGGGCCAGCUGCGAGCUCGCAUGAACAUGCGGGCUACGCUCAACAUGAUUCUGACAGUUGCUGGCGAGUUUUACGGGCAACGCGAUCUACUCGAAUUCCGGGACCCAUUCACAGGUAUGUAUGCACAGCCAGUCUAG